AUGAGGCAAUAUAACGCAAGUAUUUUUCUACUCUCUGCUUUGCGCUCCUCCUACCAUAGACAGUCUUCCAGAUUUGGUCGAGCUCCAGAAGCACAUCCUUUGAUUCGUUUCGGCAAGCGGGCACCGGAUAGUGCACCUCUUAUUCGGUAUGCUCUACUUCCAUCACUCGGAUUCGCCUUCUUCAAAACUUCAUUCAACGUGAUUUAUCCUAGAUUUGGAAGAGAUCCGGAAGCUUCACCAUUGAUCCGUUUUGGAAAGCGAUCGCCGGCUGCUCCUUUAAUCAGGCUUGUCAUUUCUUCACUGGCACAGCGCCUUCACUUCGGCUGA